AUGGAGCGAUCCGAGCUGACUUCCCGGGUUAUUCCUUUGAUGAACCUUAGCACAGGCUCAUCACCACUUACGGCACCAAUUCAGCAGAACCAAUGCCUUUCGCCUGAAGAGAGUGCGGCCAACCGUUUUCGAAUAUACGGCAAUGCAGUUGUGACCGGUGGUGGCGGUGAUCUCGGAUUCACAGCCUGUCAAGCUCUACUGGAGCAUGGCCUGUCAGGCCUUGUCAUAUUUGACCUGGACCCAGUGUCCGCAGCUAGUCGGGUGGCAGACUUACAGGCUGGGUUUCCAAACGCUAAGAUAUCUUUCGCAACGGUCAACGUGACAGAUGCCGACGACGUGGAGCGCAGUAUCGACGCCGUAGUGCGUUCGCUUGGAAGUGUGGACAUCCUACUCGCAUUUGCUGGGGUGGCAUCUUGUGCGCAUGCAAUCGAGAUGCCGGCCAAAGAAUGGCGACGCGUGUUCGACAUCAACACCACAGGAUCCUUUCUCUGUGCCCAAGCUGUUGCCAAAGCGCAAGCAAACUUGGGCAAACGCGGAAGUAUUCUAUUCGUGGCUUCGAUAUCUGCGCAUAGGGUCAACUUCCCGCAGCCACAAGUCGCUUACAAUGCCUCAAAAGCAGCGGUGCUAGCUACAGCAAAGUCUUUGGCGGCUGAGUGGGCCCGAUACGGCAUCAGGGUGAACAGUAUCAGCCCAGGUUAUAUGGAUACGAUUUUGAAUGAAGGAAGUGGCCUCAAGGUUGCCCGGGACACGUGGAAUGAUCGAAACCCGAUGGGUCGUAUGGGUGUCCCGGAGGAAUUGUGCGGAGCCAUCAUCAUGCUGUCCAGCCAGGCUGGAAGCUAUAUCACUGGCGCAGACCUUUGCAUAGACGGUGGACAGACACUGUUUUGA